AUGGGGGAUGAAAAGGAAGACUCCCAGCCCCAAGAGCCCUUUGUCCCUUUCACCUUGGAGGAGAACAUCCAUCAGCUAAACUCUAUCGACCGGUCCAUCGUCCAGCUGAUGAGCCACUGUGCCACUGCACUUGGCGCCUUGACCACGCCAGCAUCAGGCGACGACAGCAAUCCUUCGGCAUCAGUAGAGUCAACGGCGCAAAAGGGGGCAUUUAGAGAAGCUACGGAUACAUUUCUUGAUACGCUUCAUAGUAUCGAUGUACGAAUGAAACGCCAAAUUCUCGCACUGGAAGAAGCAGGCAUUGUCAAUCUGUCGAGCGGACCUCGGCAGGGUCACAACGCUACCGUCAAGCCAUCUCUAAAACCUAAUGGCAUGGGCGCUAUCGGAAAUCUAGACGUUGGGUGGUUAAAUAGCCGGAGCACCAAGGUUGAACGAGAUAUGGAGCUAGAGCUAUGGAGAAGGGCGCGGGAGCUCCUUGAAAAGGAUGAGGGGAGUAUCAAGAAGGAGUAA